UGUGAAAGAGUCGUUGGACCCCCAAAGGGGUCGCGACCCACAGGUUGAGAACCGCUGCUUUAAAUACUUCAGAGUGAAUCUUUUCAUCUGCGGGGGGUGUCAUUAGCAAAGGACCUCGGGCGCUGGGCUGGCGAGGAGCCUCGGAGAGACAGGGGAGGGCAGGAAGGUGGAGCCGGCGUCCUCGCGGGUCUGGGUUCGUGCGCGUGGACUACAUCGUGGAAGAGGAAAGGUGGACACGGGCAUUUGAGGAUGGCAUUCCCUGUGGAUAUGCUGGAUAAUUGCAGUCACGAGGAACUGGAAAAUUCUGCUGAAGAUUAUAUGUCAGAUCUAAGGUGUGGGGACCCUGAAAAUCCUGAGUGUUUUUCUCUUCUCAAUAUAACGAUUCCUAUUAGCCUGUCAAAUGUAGGCUUUGUACCUCUUUAUGGUGGAGAUCAGACCCAGAAAAUUCUUGCUCUUUUUUCACCUGAGGACUCACUCACAGCUGUGGCACUUUAUCUGGCUGAUCAGUGGUGGGCUGUUGAUGAUAUCGUAAAAACAUCUGUCCCUUCUAGAGAGGGGCUUAAGCAGGUGAGAACUCUUGGGGAGAGAGUGGUUCUGUAUGUUCUGAAUCGAAUUAUUUAUAGAAAACAGGAAAUGGAGAGAAAUGAGAUCCCAUUCCUGUGUCAUAGCAGUACUGAUUAUGCUAAGAUUCUGUGGAAGAAAGGAGAGGCCAUUGGGUUUUAUUCAGUUAAGCCUACAGGAAGCAUAUGUGCCUCAUUUCUUACCCAAAGCUACCAACUGCCAGUUCUUGAUACAAUGUUUAUAAGAAAGAACUAUCGAGGCAAAGAUUUUGGGCUUCAUAUGCUGGAGGACUUCGUUGAUUCCUUUACAGAAGAUGCACUUGGCUUGCGGUAUCCACUGUCCUCUAUAAUGUACACAGCUUGCAAGCAAUACUUUGAAAAGUAUCCAGGAGACCAUGAACUCCUUUGGGAAGUUGAAGGUGUUGGACACUGGUACCAGAGAAUACCUGUCACCAGAGCAUUACAGAGAGAAACACUUAAAAUUACAGUAGUUCCUCCAAAUGAAGCUAAAAGAACUACGUCUGGAGGAUAUGGUCUCGCAUCUGUUCCAGAAUAUGAAGCAGGAACUGAAGAUAGUCAGUCUAGUGAAAUGCAGCUAACUAUUGAUUCUCUAAAAGAUGCCUUUGCAAGCACUUCUGAAGGUAAUGAUAAAACACCAGUUUCCACUCGGACUCGAAGUAGUCAUCUGAAGCGGCCAAAGAUUGGAAAGCGGUUUCAGGAUUCUGAAUUUAGUGGUUCUCAAGGGGAAGAUGAAAAGAUAGCUGAGACUUCACCUACAGCUUCCGUAAUUAAAUUGGAGUCUACUUCACACACAUCAGAGAGCUCAGAAGAAUUACUAGAAGAAGAACAUGCACAGAGUGUGGUUGAAUUUGAGGACGGAAGUAGUGAUAAAGAUGCUCAUUCAACACCUAAAAUCCAGUCACAUCUGGAGAAGCAAGAUGGUGAAAAGGAAUCUGAAGUAGAGCCUAUGAAUGGUGAAGUAAUGGAUGAUACUAUUAAGACCUCUCUUAUAAUUGAAGAGGAGGACUCCACUAGUGAAGUUUUAGAUGAAGAAUUUAAAUUGCAGCCUUUUAAUUCCAGUGAAGACCCUACAAAUCUAGUUCCGCUGGUGGUAGAAUCUUCAAAACCCCCUGAGGCUGUUGCACAGGAUAAGACCUCACAUGUAACUGACUCCGAAGUGUUGUUAAAUGAAGGCCCAUCUGAUGGAAAGGGGCACACAGAAGAGAAACUGCCACAAGUUCCAAGAAAGAAGGCACAUUUUGUUAGUUCAGACAAUGCUGCCACUAUCCCACAUGAAGAACAAUCUGACAGUGGUUUUCCAAACUCUGUGGUAGCUGAAUUUUCUGAGGAACCGAUCUCUGAAAAUUUGUCACCCAAUACUACUUCCUCAUUGGAAGACCAGGUUGAAGAGGGGGUGUCUGAGCCCCAGGAAACAUCUCCAGCUGUUCCUCAGAGUUCUUUGAUAGAGGUUGAACUUGAAGAUGUGCAGUUUUCACAGAAUGCAGGACAGAAGAACCAGUCAGAGGAGCAGUCGGAAGCAUCUUCUGAGCAACUGGAUCAGUUUACACAAUCAAUAGAAAAAACUGUGGAUAGCAGCUCAGAGGAAAUAGAAGUGGAAGUGCCUGUUGUAGACAGGCGGAAUUUAAGAAGAAAGGCCAAAGGAUACAAAGGACCCGCUAAGAAGAAAGCCAAGCUGACCUGAAUGAAGAAAUGCAGAUCACAAAUCCUCUUUGUAACAUAAUUGUUUUUAAGAUAUGGUAAUAAAUAGCACGGGGCACAGGACAAAAAUUCCAGAAUUUCACUUUGAGCUUAUUUAUGAUGCUGUUUUUCCCUCCUCCUUAGGGCUUAGGAUUCAUCAUUGUUUUUAAUUUUCAGGUUACUUUGUGUAAAUACAGUUUUUUAAUUUUUAUUAACCAUGUUUCGAUUUGGGGAAACCAGACCAUACUGUAUUUUCUUUAGUAGUUGGGGCCAUCUGACUAUUAAUAUUUCAGGAUAUAUAAAUUAAAAAACAAAGUAGUAGGCUUUUCAUUGUGAGGAUUACAGAAAUCUUUUACACUUGAGUUUUAAAUAGUAAACUUGGGGAGCGUUCUAGAAGUUUUAGCUUAACUAUCAAAACUAAUCACCAUUUUAAAAAAUGUAGGCAUGCCUAAACAAAAAUGGCAGUAUAUUAGAAUAAUUUCGACUAAAUGAGAGCACAAAUACAUAAAUUUUUGGUCAAAGGUUUAUGAGGGCGGUAUUUUGGCCUCUUAAUUCAUUGUAGUGUAGAUGCAGUUUCUUCAUUUGACUUUUCCGAAUAGGUACAAACUUUCCAACUCACUCCUUAUAACGUCUAAUAUUAACAGUAGUGCUAGGGAUUUAACUCUGGCAUGUAGGUACUAAUAUAAUUAUUUAAAUUUUCUUUUGAAGUUGGGGACUAUACUUUUGUCUUCACCUAGUUAACACAUAUACAUUAGAAGUAAGAGGUCCCUUCCUAAGAGUUCUCCUUAAUCCUGCUGUUGCCCUUAUUCUAGAAUCUUAUUUAUAUUCCUCUCAGCGUUCAUCCACUUCCCUCACAGAGUGAAUCCUGUCAAAAAACCUGCCUGCCAGCUUAUGCCCUUGGCAUCACUUUGGGUAGGUAUGAAACUACGCCCCACUUAGAUCUGGAUGACAGCAGUAACGCUGCCCUAGGAACUGUUGUUACCAGAGCUUAAGUGAAAUUGGAGGCUUUGUCCCUUUGGUCUUGCUUUUACUCUUGAUUUGUUUUGAGGACAGGUUACAAGCCAGCCUGUUCAUUGUGUUGCCAUAGCAAAGGCCUUUGCCCAGGAAAACUCAAAAACAAAAAAACCCUCAAUUGUUAAUUUUUUGUAGAGUAAUUUAUUUAGAAAUGAACAAAAUGGUUAUUCUUAGGAUCCAAAGAGAAAUUCGAAAUAAUACUGCUCUUUGGAAGUAUUAUGUGUACUCAGAUGUGUACUUAAGUUGAAGAAUGCUUUGAGACCACUUAGAUUGUUUUUAAAACAGGCUUGGUUCAUUAUGAAAAAAUGAGUUAGAACUUUUUGUCAUUAUUUGACAAAUAAUGCUAAGGAUUGAUGUUAAAUGUUUUUUAGUCCACAGUCAAGUUAUGUCAUUACAUUUUUCAGGGUGAUGUUGGUAUUUUAGAAAGAUCUAAGUUCUUUAACAGGCAAAAUGGCAAACCCUCCUAUUCAUUGUAAAAUUUUGAGUACUUGUAUCCCCAAAUUUUCUUUAAUUAUUGGUUGGGAUAAGCCAGAUUUCAUGCUAAAUGAAAAUUACAGCACUUUGGCUGUUUUCUCAAAAAAAUGCUAAAUAAGUGAAAGAAAAAAGUAUGAGUAGUACUAAUUCCCUAUCAAAUGUUUAUGUUCUUACAUGUUUUAUGAAAAACAUUUGUUAAAACCACAAAUAGGGAAUUAAAGAUUAAGAUUUAGUGAGUUCUUAUUCUUAACCUUUCCAUUUUAAAUUUAUGAUAAAAAUCCAACACUUAUUUUACUUGGGAUUAUUCAUUUUCUCUUCAAAAUACUUUCUAUAAAAAGGUGGAAUUUAAGAAGGUUGAAUUCACUGACAACUCUUGAUGUGUGAAUAUGGUUACUGAGUUUACAAAAAGAAAUGGUUAUUCAUGUAUGAUUGCCAGGGACUAACAGUACAAACUUGUUGAACUUGUUUGGUUUAUCUUAAACAAGAUGUGCAUUUUAGGCAAUUUCAAAACUUUUUGUUCAGCACACAAGAAAACUUGUUACAUGUUGUCUGGCAGAAAAAUGUUAUUUUGGCGCUUAUAAAUAGUAAAGGAGAAAAAGUGAGUCACAUGAAAAACCCUAACAUUCACAUUCAGUAACAUGCUUUUUCAGUAAAUGAGUUCUGUACUCAGUGAGUAUAGAAUUUAUAACAAAAUAUAUCAACUAGGAAACUAAAUAAAACUUAAUCAGAUACUUGUUUUUGCAAGUCAUUAGUAAAACUUUCAGAACUAGAGGACAGAAAUUUGAUUUCAAACAGCUAGUCCAGUUGUUGAGUAUCCAGUCACAUUCUGUAAUUUGUGGACUGUUUUGUUUAGAAGUCUUAUUCGUGGAGAAGGAAGUUCACUUUAGUUUGUGUAAAUAUGUAUUUCCUUGUGUAAUAUAGAGCAGUUAACAAAAUUUUAGUUCUUUUAAGUUUAUUCAAUUGCUGGACAUCACAGAAAUAAGUAUAUUUAAGAAUUUAUUAUAAAGCUCUUCUACAGCUUUUAAAGAUGAGGGUCUAUUAUGAUUUUUUAUAAAAUCAAAUAGCAUGACAGACUAUCAGUCACUUGCUUAAAUUGUGUCUCUAUUCAUGGUGUUUUCCAUUAAGUACAGAGAAUUAUCACAGGAAAGAUAACUACUAGUGAUUAAUGGUUCACUUUUUGCUGACCACCAGAACACUAUGCUAUCUAAAAUGGUUUUAGUGACUUUAGAAAAUUAUCUUGGUGGGUUGUGAUUGCAUCAAAUUGAGAGUUUACCUAGCAUCUGAUAUCUGUUCUUAUGUUCUGCUUUACCCUUAGGGAUUACCUUCUAAAUUUGGUCACACCAGCAAUCUGAAACAGAAUCUUAAAGUGUAAAUAAAGAAUUUAUACUAACACUCAUCCAUGUGACAGUAUUUUACAAAUAUAUUUCUGCCUGGUAUGUCCACUAACAUCAAUAUUGUUCAAGGUGUUAUCCGAUAUUUCAUGGAUGUGAUGAGUUAUGUUUCUGUUAAUAUCAGGCUUUGUUAAUUUGCUUAUUUUAAAAAAUAUCUCAAUUCUGUAGCAUCAUGUGCUUACCUUUAGUCAGUGUUUUCUUUCACCUUCCAAAACCUAAGUCAUUCAUUUCUAUUAGUGGCAAAAUCAUGUUAAAACUAAUUGUAAGAAAGGUUAAGCUUCUGUCAUUGUGAAGUAAUUGUAUUAUCCUGGAUAGUCAUUCCCAAGGACUAGCCAGCCUUUCUUUUCCUGUGUUCUAAACCUUUUAUUGUUUAUAGAACUUAGAAAAGAUAUUGCAGUAUUUAGAAUAGCAAGUCUUACUGAAAUUUUCUUAGUUGUUUUUUUAGUUGAAAAGUAGUAAUUAAACAUAUAUUUUGUGAUUGUUCUUGGUCUGUGUUUUGAAAUUCUUUCCCUUUUCUUUUCCCUAAUUUCAUUGAUGAUGUAUUUGGAUACAGAAUUUGUUCAUACUGGUUGUACCUUCAGAACAGAUUUUUAAAAAUAAACAAUUUAAAACGAUUAUAUAUUAAUAUAUAGACACCCUAAAGCUCAAAGCCACCAACAUAAUUCAUAUCACAAAGGUGCUUUGACAAUUACCCUAAAACAUGAUCUUUUUUUAUAUUAUGUGAUUACAAAUAUAUUUCUCUUUUAAGGGCAUCAGUGCAGUCUUUCUUUUUAAAACCAUUUUUUCUGGAUUUAAACAAAUUUUUCAGACUCUAAAAAUAUAUACUACCGAGUUCAGAAUACAGAAAAUGCUAAAAGUAUAAACAUUUUGGUGUUUUUCAUGUUCCAAGUAGAAAGCACAGUUCCAAGUAGGUGUUACUAUAUAUGAUGAGAGAAGAAAAUGUUUAACAUACUAA